AAGCUCAGAUUUAAAUGCAGAAUCAAAAGGGGGGUUGAUCACAUCCUUGCUUCCCCUGCGGAUUGAUGGUGGUCCAUCUCACUCCCCCCGCGCCCCCACCCUGCAGGAGUGUAAGGUCAUCAUCAGACAGCUCUGUAAAAACAACAACUUGCAGUCCCAGGAGCUGUUACGCAUGAAGGCCAUCCUCAAAGACAUAAUAGUCAACAACAAGAAAAUGUCCCAGGAGGCUUACACACUGACCAAGGCCUACCUCUCUGACGCAGACAGAAACAAAGACAUUGGAAUGUUUCCAAAACUACCUCUCAAGUCGCUGCCAAAAAGACUACCCCCAGCCCCGAUUGGCAUGAGAGAAAGAGUAGUCUUGCCAGCCAUCAAACAGAGCCUAAACUCCAGCAUAGCAGAGAGGCAGAAGAAGGCACAAGCUGUGCUGAGAUCCCGUCUAAGAAGAGUGGUGCAGUAGGACACAGCAUUAUCAUCACAAAUUAUGCAUCCCUCAGUUUUGAACCGAGUGUGUUGUCUGUGAAUAAAGUAAAGGUGUAAAGUCUGAAUGAUUCAAUCUGAGUUCCACCUCACUAACUGU